UCUUGCGCCCACCCCGUCGCACGGCGCGCCACCGCCAGUCAGGCUGGCUCGGGGUCCAACUGUUGCGAUGUGAUCCCGCAUUCCUCGACGAGAGAGACGGACGGGAUGGGAAUGUGAUUGGAUGGGAACAGCCACCGCGAGAGGGGACAACGGACCGAGAGGUCGGUCUCCUUCGGUUAGUUACUUUUUUUUUACCUCAAUAAUGGAUUCAAUAUGUAGUAUCCGAACACACGUUUAAAUAUGACCUACAACUUAUAUAUACAUCUUUACUAAAGAUAUUUACGAAACCUACAACUUCAUAAACAACGAACACGUCACGUUUUCAUUAUUUACAUGACAAGUCCCACAGCUAGGCCGAGAACCGGUCGUUCGCCCACUGGGGAAACAACCAACUUCGGUUAGCUACUUGUUUGGCUGCGGAGCGCUUGUUGGCUCGUCCGGGCAUGCGUGCCCCCGGCUGCUCCUGCUCCCGAUGGAAAGAAAAGUCGCGCGGUUUCGGAUGACGGGACGGGCAGGUGGAGCGGCGGGGCUCGCGCGCGCGGAAGCGGAGGACUGUUGGUGCCCACCGCCGUGUCGGCUUCCCGGCGAUCCUGCUGAUAUUUUCCGUGAAAAUAUCGGGGAGUGGCCGGAAAUUCGCAAGCCGAUAUGGCGAUAUCCCCCUCGUACCAUGAAAUUUGUUUUUCUGAAGCCAGAUCACACGAUCCUUUCCGGGGGAAAGGAAAAAAGAAACCAGGUCCGAUAUUCACUUACUCCAUGGGCAACGUCGUAUUCCUUCACGUUAGCCGGCUCGACGUGGUCCGGGACAUCAACCUCUGCGUGUCGCUGGACCUCGGCAAGAGCUCCUACCUCAAGGCGACGCACGAGCCCCUCUUCGGCGGGGGGAUCCUCAAGUCCAACGGCGAGGCCUGGGCGCACCAGAGGAAGAUCAUUGCCCCUGAGUUUUUCCUGGACAAGGUCAAGGGCAUGGUGGAUCUAAUGGUCGAUUCUGCACAAACGUUGUUGAAGUCAUGGGAAGAGAGAAUUGACAAAAAUGGAGGGAUAACAGACAUUAAGAUCGACGAUGAUAUUAGGGCCUACUCUGCAGAUGUGAUCUCUAGGACGUGCUUUGGAAGCAGCUACAUCAAAGGAAAGGAAAUCUUUUUGAAGAUCAGAGAAUUACAGCAGGCUGUGUCCAAGCCAAAUGCGCUAGCUGAAAUGACUGGCAUAAGGUUCUUUCCCACAAUGAGGAACAAGCAGGCAUGGGAGCUUCACAAAAAAGUCCACAAAUUGAUUCUAGAAAUUGUAAAGGAAAGUGGAGAAGACAGCAACUUACUGCGUACAAUUCUUCACAGUGCAAGCAGCAGCAAGGUGGACCACUCCGAGGCAGAGAACUUCAUAGUUGAUAACUGCAAGAGCAUCUAUUUUGCAGGAUAUGAGAGCACAGCUGUCACAGCUGCCUGGUGUCUAAUGCUCCUUGGACUGCACCCAGAAUGGCAGGAUCGUGUCCGAGAAGAGGUGCAUGAAAUCUGUGGAGGCCGGCUAGUAGAUUCCCAGUCACUUCAGAAAAUGAAAAAUUUGACAAUGGUAAUCCGGGAAACAUUGAGGUUGUACCCAGCAGGAGCCUUUGUAUCAAGGCAGGCCCUCCAGGAACUGACGCUAGGUGGUGUGCAUAUACCAAAAGGUGUCAACAUCUACAUCCCUGUCUCCACAAUGCAUCUGGACCCCAAACUAUGGGGUCCAGAUGUGAAAGAGUUCAACCCAGAGCGCUUCUCUGAUGCUCGACCCCAGCUAUAUUCAUACUUGCCAUUUGGCGCUGGGGCUCGGACCUGCCUUGGCCAGGGAUUUGCUAUGGCUGAGCUCAAGAUCCUGAUCUCUCUCAUACUCUCCAAGUUUGUUUUGAAGCUCUCACCGAACUACGAGCAUUCUCCAACACUGAAACUCAUUGUGGAGCAAGAGUACGGUGUGGACCUCACUUUAACAAAAGUGCAAAGGGCGUGUAGAGCCUAAGAGCGACUCUGAUCUGGGCACAAUAAUGUUAGUGGUCAUACUAGGUGAGGGAGAAAAAUUGUAAUCUGAUGAAUGCUGUUUGGGGGAGAAUUUGUACAGAGACAGCUCAUACUAUUCAGGCUUGAUCUAUGUUCAUAAUUAAGAUGAAAUAUGUUGAAUAAAGAGACAGUGCCAAAUGAGUAAAAUGACUUAA